GUAGAAGUUUUCAGAGAGAAUUAAGUUAGCCCUAAUACUUAAUAGAUGAGUAGAUAAUGAACCGAGCAACAGAGCGAGCUAGGUUAUAAAUUGAAGUGGUUAAGCCAGUACUCCAGUUUAAUAUGCGCGGACGCAGAAGUUCAGAAGAAGAAGAAGAAGCAGAGUGGCACGGUUGAGAAAGAACAAUAGAGCAGAGAGCAUGGAGAAGAAGAAGGUGGAUGCGGUGGUGGCCGCCGCCCGGCCGUUCCUCCGCGGCGACCUCUCUCAGGUGGACCCCGAGCUGCCCUCCCUGGUGUCCGUGCUCUGCGAUGCCGGCGCCGGCGAGUGCUACCACAAGCACGGCACCUUCCUCGCCCACCUCAUCGACGUCUACCGCAUCCUCCGCCUCUGGGGCGCCCCCGACGCCGUGGCGCGCUGCGGCCUCUACCACUCCGCCUACUCCAACUCCUACGUCAACCUCGCCAUCUUCCAGCCCGACGUCGCCCGGGACCACGUCCGGGGCAUCAUCGGCGCCGCCGCCGAGCGCCUCGUCCACCUCUUCUGCGUCGUGCCGCGCCACCAGCUAAUGCACGACGACCUCCACCUCCGCUACACCGACGCAGAGCUGACGGCGCACCUGGCCGCGUCGCAGGCGUCCCUGGACGCCGCCAGGAAGAGCGGCGGCGGCGGCGGCGACCCCGGCGAGGCGUGGCGCGCGAAGCUGGCGUCGGUGGUGCCCCCGGAGGGCGUGGUGGCGAGGCACAUCCGGACGGGGGAGGCGGUGGCGCUGUCGCGGAGGGUGUUGGGCGUCUUCAUCGUGAUGACCAUCGCGGACUUCAGCGACCAGUACACGGACUACCAGGACAAGCUGUUCGACAACGAGGACGGGCGGCUGGAGUACCGCGGCGACAACUGGCGCGCGGUGUGGCCGGGCAGCGGCAAGCCCGGGCUGUGGAUGAGCGCCAUGUCCAGGCUGGCGGCGGUGUACCGCCUCAUCGCCACGGACGAGGAGAUCCGCGAGCUGACAGCUGGAGAGAGGAGCGUCGUGAAGAGGGAGGACGCGGAGCUGGAGCUGGUGAUCCCGCCGGUGUUCGAGCGGUGCAGCAAGGUGCUGGACGCGGCGGAGCAGAAGGAAGGCCGGGAUCUGUACUGGGAGGCGGUGUGCGGGGAGUGGGAGGAGGGGAAGACGGAGAGGCUGCUGCGGCGGAGCAUCGAGAAGAACCCGUUCGUGGGGGAGCCGUGGCUGGUGCUGGCACAGGCGCUGCUCAACUCCGGGCACGACGAGGAGGCGGAGGCGGCGGCGGAGGAGGGGGUGAGGCUGGUGGUGGAGUGGGGGAGCAGCUGGGACAAGCGGAUGUCGUGGGAGGGGUGGGUGUCGUGGGGAAGAGUCCUCCGCGACGGAGCUCAUCGCCGGCAAUGGCCGCGCACCGCAUGGGGCAUCAUCAACCUCGGCCUCGUCAAAUAAUCAAUUAAAUUAAUUAAUGGAAUUAAUCUCUCUCUGGAAUUGGAUUGUACUGUAUGGUAUUGGUAUGUACUCUAAUGAAGUAUGGAAUAAAUGUUAAAUGGGCCGGAAAGAAACAA